AUGCCGUGUUCGCGUCGAGCGCUCCACGUCGGAGCUGCGGCGCCGUCAAACGAAACGGGCUGGAGGCGUUCGAUCUCUCCGACACGGCCUUCAACAGUGAACGGCGGCACUCCGGUGGAGCAUGAUUUUGAUGACGAUGGUGAGGAGGAUGAUUUUGAUGUCGACAGCGGAGAGGAGGAGGAUGGGCAGAAGCUAACAGAUGAUGAGGAUGAUGGGACAAGAGAGCAUAGUGAAUGGAACAAUGAUGAGAUGGAACAACUUGAGAAAGAAUAUAGACAUCUUCAUCAUCAGGAGUUAGAUACUUUAAAGAACUUGAAGCAUCAUAAGGAUGAAGAUCUUCUCAAGGGUCAAGCUGAAAAGCCAAAAGGCCCUCUGAUACAAAGUUCUCGAGCUUAG